UUCUGUAUGAAAAUAUUUUUAGAAAAAGAUGUUGUCGAUGGUCCCUGUAAAUUGUGCAUGUUCGACGUACUUUUUGAGUCAACAACAUAGGCCUAUUCGCCUAUUGGUUGAUUCCAUUUAGUGAAGUCAGCGAGAUGUCACCAAAAAAAUGGCUGAGACAAGCCUCACUUUAUGUGCAUUGGCCAUAUUGUGAGAAAAGAUGCACCUAUUGCAACUUCAAUAAAUAUAUAAGCAAACAGGUUGAUCAUGAGCAGAUGAAGCGAUGUUUGGGAAAGGAAAUACAGAGUCUUAUUUAUCUCAGCGGCAUCAAGGAAAUCACAUCAAUAUUCUUUGGUGGAGGCACCCCAAGUUUAGCAGAACCAUCCACCCUUGGUCAUGUAAUAGAAACAGUUGCCAAAGAAGCUACUUUAGCGGACUCUGCCGAGAUUACCAUGGAAGCCAACCCAACAUCAGUGGAAGCUACCAAACUCAGGGAAUUCAAAGCAGCUGGAAUCAACAGGCUGUCAUUGGGAAUUCAGGCAUUAAAUGACAGAGAUCUAAAAAUUCUUGGCCGUGAGCAUACAGUUCAAGAGGCACUCAGUUGUCUGUCCAAGGCCAAAUCACUAUUCCCCGGGAAGACAUCGUUGGAUCUGAUAUUUGGCCGACCGUUCCAGACACUGGAGUUGUGGCAAGAUGAGUUACAUAAGACUGCUAAUCUUCUGGCAGAUGGUCAUGUAUCACUUUACCAGCUUACACUUGAGAGGGGCACAGCUCUUUUCAAGUCAGUACAGAAUGGUGAAUUGACAGUUCCUGAUACUGAUGUGACUGCGGAAAUGUAUGAAAUGGCUGUACAGACCCUCAAGAAGUCUGGAUUGAAGAGAUACGAGGCAUCAAAUUUUGCAAGAAAUGCCUCUGCUGAAAGCAGCCAUAACAAAUCCUACUGGGAAGGCUCUCAGUAUAUAGGAGUUGGCCCAGGUGCACAUGGGAGGUUUAUUGUACAGAGUGAGGGUGGUACAGCUAGAGAGGCAAGGAUACAGACUCUUGAACCCAAGUAUUGGAUGUGGGAGGUGGAAAAGAGAGGGCAUGCUACAAGGAAAGCUGUGGAACAGACAAGGCAGGAGGUAAUGGAGGAAAUACUGAUGCUAGGAAUGAGGACAAAAUCAGGGGUUCCUAACAAGAGAUGGCUAAGGUUUUCUGAUGAUGUUCCCCUUGCCAAGAUAUUUGGAGGUCAUCCAAUGUUGAGUGAUUUCAUUCAGUUUGGCCUCCUGGAAUUCAGCCCGGAAAGACUUGUUGCAACCGAGCGUGGCCUCAAUUUGAUCGAUAGCCUGAUGCCAACAAUUAUCAACAUUCUUCACGAUUACAACUGGAAAUCACCAAGAAAAGAACUAAGUGAUUGUAUGGACUCGAAAGAAAAAAUUGACACUGGCUGAUGAGUGUCGAGUUCAUGAUUUCUAGUCUGUCCACACAAAAUCAUCACAGCCGUUGAAGUCUUCCUAAACCUGCUGUGCAAUGGGGUGUCUUCUACAUGAUUGUUUCAGGUCAGUUGUAGGGGAUUUUUACAGUCCACCUAUACACUGAUAAUGUGUUGGUUUGACUGUACAAUAAAGUUGUUUUUUCCA